AUGUAUAUACAGAUCGAGAGUGAGAGUAAUGUGUUUAUGCCGAGGGACUCUAUCAUAUUAGCCAUGGAGACGUUGAACCGCAUGGUCGGUCUGUUACCAUACAACCUCUCACUGGAGGUGGUGAUGGCUGUGGAAGCGGGGCUCGGGGAAUUACCCGCCUACUCCUCCUCUACCCCGGGCUGUGAAGACCCCAUGUCGUUUCUGCAGAGUGUUUGUCAUACUGUUAUAGUCCAAGGAGUUUCUGCUAUGAUGGCUUUCCCUCAGACCAGGGACGAACUGCUGAAGUUGGAAUUCAUCGCGUCAGCGCUUCAAAUUCCUGUCAUCAGUGUUGUCCAGAACGAAUUCAAACGGCAGAGUAAGAACCCUCUCCAUUUCCAGAUGCCGAUGCAUAACCCGGCCCUGCACCAGGUGGAGCUGCUCUACUCCCUGUUGGUGAUCAACAGCUGGUAUGACGUCAGCCUCCUGCUCUGUCAGGAGUGGAACGUCUCCAGCUUCCUGGUUCGUCUCCGUAACAACACCAAGUUCCACCUGGGCUCUGUGGUCAACAUCACCACCUCCAGUACCUCCUCUGGAUCUCACCCCAACAGCUCCAUCUUCAAGGCUGACUUCUACACCUCUCUGCAGGGAUACCUGGAGUCCAUCAAGAAGUCCACGUCCACGGUGGUCACAUUCGGCUGCGACAUCCGGGACAUCAAGAGGAUCUUUAGCGUGGUGGCCAAGCUGGGCCUGAUGCUGCCAGAGUACCACUGGGUGUUGGGGGACACGCAGGACUUGGAGGAGCUGAGGACCGAGGGGCUGCCGGCGGGUCUGUUGGCCCACGGUAGGAUGGGGGCUCCCUCCCUCGAUCAUUACGUCCAGGAUGGGCUGGAGCUGGUGGCCCGGGUGGUGGGGUCAGCUGCGUACCGCUCCCCUGAGCUAGCCCUCAUCCCCUCCAUCACCAACUGCAUGGAUACACAGAGCAACCAGAACAGGAACAUGACCUCAGGGAAAUAUCUGGCCAGGUUUCUGUCCAACACGUCAUUUGACGGUCUGAGUGGUUUCAUCUCGUCCCAGCAGGAGACAGUGAUCUCCUCAGAGAGCCAUCACUUCAUCUGGUCCCUGCAACACGACCCCAUAGGGAACCCCAUGUGGACCAGGCUGGGCCGAUGGAAGCAGAGCAGGGUGCUCUUGGACUAUGCUGCCUGGGCCAACAAAAAGGGCGCGGACUGGAGGUACCCAUCACGGCUCCAUCUGCGGGUGGUCACCCUGGUGGAGCACCCCUUCGUCUUCACCCGGGAGGUGGAUGAGGACGGUCUCUGUCCCGCUGGUCAGCUCUGCCUGGACCCCCUCACCAACAACACAGCCCUGCUCCAGUCACUCUUCCUCCAGGGGCUUAAUGACAGCAUUCCCAUGAAGUAUAAGAAGUGUUGCUAUGGUUAUUGCAUAGACCUCUUAGAGAAACUGGCGGAGGACAUAGGCUUCGACUUCGACCUGUAUAUUGUAGGUGACGGAAAGUACGGUGGGUUUAAGAACAGGCGCUGGACAGGGCUGGUGGGGGAUCUUCUCAGCGGAGCGGCCCACCUGGCGGUCACAUCCUUCAGUAUAAACUCGGCCCGGAGCAGGGUUAUAGACUUCACCUCCCCGUUCUUCUCCACCUCUCUGGGCAUCCUGGUGCGGAGCCGGGACACGGCUGCGCCCAUCGGGGCCUUCAUGUGGCCCCUGCACUGGUCCAUGUGGCUGGGAAUCUUCGUCUCUCUACACGUCACGGCCGUGUUCCUCACCGUCUACGAGUGGAACAGCCCGUUUGGGAUGACGCCGCGAGGCAGGAACAGAGAUAAGGUGUUCUCCUUCUCCUCGGCUCUGAACGUCUGCUAUGCCAUCCUGUUCGGCCGUACCGCUGCCAUUAAGCCUCCUAAGUGCUGGACGGGUCGGUUCCUCAUGAAUCUCUGGGCUAUCUUCUGCCUGUUCUGUCUCUCCACCUACACAGCGAACCUGGCCGCCGUCAUGGUGGGGGAGAAGACCUUCGAGCAGCUCUCAGGAAUACACGAUCCAAAGCUUCAUCACCCAUCACAGGGGUUCCGCUUCGCGACGGUCCGGGAGAGCAGUGCUGAGGAUUACCUGAAGAAAAGCUUUCCAGAGAUGCACGGAUACAUGACACGAUACAAUGUACCAGCAACCCCAGAUGGAAUAGAACAUCUGAAGCAUGAUCCACAGCAACUGGAUGCUUUCAUCAUGGACAAGGCCUUACUAGACUACGAGGUGUCUAUAGAUGCAGACUGCAAGACACUCACUGUGGGGAAACCAUUUGCAAUUGAAGGUUAUGGCAUCGGCCUGCGCCAGAACUCCCCCCUGACCUCUAACCUCUCUGAGCUGGUGAGCCAGUACAAGUCAGACGGCUUCAUGGACAUGCUGCAUGACAAGUGGUACAAGGUGUUGCCCUGUGGGAAACAGAGCUUUGCAGCCACAGAGACCCUCCAGAUGGGCAUUAAGCAUUUCUCAGGCCUGUUUCUGAUGCUGUGUGUUGGGCUGGGUCUGUCUCUCCUCACCACCCUGGCUGAACACAUCAUCUACCACUUCAUCAUCCCCAGAGUCAAGGACCCCAAGUUCAAGUACUGGCUGCAUACUAGUCAGAGGUUACAUCGAGCAAUGAACUCAUCUUUCAAUGAAGAUAAACUGCAGACCGUAGCAAAGCCACAAGAAAGGUGCAACAUGGGUAACAACCAACAACAACAGCAGCCAUGUAACAGCUCAGAGUCCAACUGCAACAGGAGGAAGAUCCCACCUCAGGAGUCCCAGCUAAACGUGAAGAGCCUGGUCCCCCCGCAGGCCACCUCUAACAGGAGGACAGACCGGGUCCAGGUGGGUCUACAGGCCAGGACCAUUCCCAUGCUGCAGGAGCUGUCAGAGCUGGAGACACACAUCCCCGUCAUCAAACAGCAGCUGCACAUCGCCAUGAAGAAGAAGAGGGAGCUGGAGCAGUACCAGCAGACAUACAAGAUGACAGAGUAA